AUGGCGCUCUUAUCCAGCAGUAACUUUUCGGAAUAUCUCCCUGAUUCUUACUCUCUUUUUUCGCUUCCAAGUUACACAACAACCACAGAGAUGUUCUAUUUCAACGAUGUACGUCCAUUAAGCCAAAUCAACGACUCGUCACCAUUGGAAUUUGCUAUCCCUAAUCAGGGUAGCGAGUACAUUGAUUUGAAGAGAACAAGACUACAUGUGAAACUUAAAGUGGUGCAUGACGAUGUUACAUCAUCUCCACUGGCUGAGGAUGAGAAAAGUGGGGCCUAUCAACUUGUUUUACAGUCCCUGUUCUCUCAAGUGUCGGUGUCCCUGGGAAAUCAAUUGGUAUCGAGUGCAAAUAAUCACUAUCCCUAUAAAAGCAUGUUCAAGACAUUGUUGAAUUAUGGAGCAGACGCCAAAAGUUCACAGUUAACAUCACAGUUGUUCUAUAAAGAUACUGGUAAUGACAAUGAUGACAUCGAAUCAACUGAUGCUGUUGCUGGUGGUAAUGAUGGAUUGUUGAAACGUGGUGACUACAUUGCUAAAAGUCAAGAGAUCACAAUGGUUGGCAAUUUGUUUGAAGAUGUGUUCAACAUGGAUCGUUAUUUGAUUAAUGGAGUAAAAUUGAAUGUAACCUUGUACAGAACCGAUCCUCAGUUUUGUCUUAUGAGUGGAGUUGCUAAUACUAAAUACAAAAUAAGCAUUUUAGAUGCGUCACUUAAAGUGUGUUAUCUGAAAGUGAACCCAGCUUUAAUUCUGGCUCAUAACACCUUGUUUGAAGAAAAGACCAAUGGGAAACCAAACAAUGCACUGUAUCCCUAUGUGAAGACAGAAGUCAAAUCAACCACUAUUCCUGUGUCUACUGAAUCAUUCACAAUUGAGAAUAUCUCAAAUCCUGUUGCCCAUCGAUACACAGUUGCAUUUGUUGAGAGCAGUAGUAUGACCGGUUCUUUGGUGAAGAACCCAUACAACUUUCAAUUGAGUAUGAUCAAAAAGGUUACUCUGAAUGUCAAUGGUGUCAGUCUCCCUGGGAGAUCAUCCAGUGCAGAUGAUGCAGAUACCUAUCUGAAUCUGUUUGAUGGGGUGAAUGUAAAAAGAGAAAGUAAAGGCAACUUCAUCAGCAGAAAAGAAUUUUUACUUGGAAGUGCCCUUUUUGUGUUCGAACUGAACGAAACUGGCACUGAACAUCUCAGUCUAGUACGACGGGGAAAUGUAUCACUAGAAAUUCAGUUCAAUGCAGCCUUAACCAAAUCACUGAGUUGUAUUGUCAUGACAGAAAGGACCUCACUCAUAGAAAUUGACCAAGCCAGGAAUGUGUAUGUCAAGUGA